AUGGCUGUUGACGCCAAUGCUGCCGCCGACUCUUGGCUUGCCGGAUUCAGCUCUGCCGUCCUCUCCGCAGACAUCGACACUCUAGCCUCACUUUCCUUCCCAACGGAUGGCUCAGGAUCUACUGGUGUUUACAUGGGACGUCUGAUCGUUGGAAGGCCGCGAUUCCAUCGUGGCUUCCUGGAACCCACCCUGCACUCCGAAUCAUACCCCACCAACUGGUCUGAGUACACUCCCCGCGAAAAUCGCGACUGGUUGGAACAAUACGCGACGGGGCAGGACCUAGUCGUCUGGACCAACGCAGAGCUCCAGCCUCGCCCUAAAUACAACGAAGAGACGCACGAGUGGGACGUCGACAUCAGACGCGAUGGCAAAGACUUCAACCUUCGUCCCGCCCAUAUCGUUCUCGCGACCGGCGCCCUCGGCGCGCCCACAUCCCAGUCGUGCCCGACCAGGAGUCCUACAGCGGCGCGCUCAUCCACUCCUACCAAUACAAUGGCCCGUCUGAACUUCUGGCAGGACAAUGGUGAUGCAGAGCUCAUAACAAAUGGUCGAGUCAAAGUCAAGAGUGGAGUAUCACUUGACCGCUUCACGAAGACGGGGCUUGUUCUCAGCAACGGGAACGAGCUACCUGCUGACGCCGCCAUCUUGGCAACGGGUUACUUACACAUUCGCGAUACCAAUCGAGCGCUUCUGGGAGAUGAAAUCAUUGACAAGACCGUACCUGUAUACGGGCUGGAUAGUGAAGGGGAGCUUAAGGGAAGCUAUCGUCCGUCGGGUCGUCCUGGACUCUGGUUCGCCACUGGUGAUUUUUUCGUCAGCCGCUUCAUGUCGAAAGUCCUUGGUCUGCGGCUGAAGGCGGGGCAGCUGGGAGUCCUUCCCACGAACUAG